AAAAAAAACCCAAAUAGAAUCGCUGAAAUACGGCUGUCCGUGGCACUAAAAACAACUUCGUUUCUUUCGAUCUCUGCUCGUAACGUAAUCUAGAGAGAGUGAGUAAGAGAGGGAGAAGAAGAAGACGACGAUGGCUCGAGUGAGCUCAGGCCUUCAAUACCCGGAGCGCUUCUACGCGGCGGCCUCCUACGUUGGAUUUGACGGAUCUCCUCGCUCUUCCGCCAAGGCUGUCCGCUCCAAGUUCAAGCCGGAUACAGCUCUUAUUCUCUACGCUCUGCAUCAACAGGCCACCGUCGGACCCUGUAAUGUUCCAGAACCUAGUGCUUGGAACGCUAUUGAGAAAAGCAAAUGGAGCAGCUGGAAACAGCUUGGAGAUAUGGUACCUGCUGAAGCCAUGCGUCUUUUUGUGAAAUUAUUGGAGGAAGAAGAUCCUAGUUGGUAUUCAAGAGCAUCAAAUUUUGUUGCAGACCCUGUAGUUGAUGUACAAAUGAAUCAUAAUUUAAAGGCUGAGCCAGUGGUUGAGAAUGGGACCUCUUAUCCCGAGACGAAGACAAUUGCCACUGAAAAUGGAAAUUCAGCUGAAACUCAGGACAAAGAUGUUGUUUCAGAAGGUCUUGGUUCAGUUGCUGUCUAUGAUCAGUGGAUUUCGCCUCCUAUAUCUGGUCAACAACCAAAAGCUCGUUAUGAGCAUGGAGCAGCAGUUGUACAAGACAAGAUGUACAUAUAUGGCGGAAACCACAAUGGUCGUUAUCUUAAUGAUCUACAUGUUCUGGAUUUUAGGAGUUGGGGCUGGUCAAGAAUUGAGGUCAAGGCUGGGAAUGAUUCACCAUCUCUGGCAAAAGUAGCUCCAUGUGCUGGCCAUUCCUUGAUACCAUGGGAGAAUAAGCUCCUGUCAGUUGCUGGACAUACGAAGGAUCCAUCUGAAACUAUUCAGGUGAAGGCAUUUGAUCUACAGAGAAGCAGUUGGUCGCCUUUAAAGACUUAUGGGAAACCCCCGGUAUCUCGGGGAGGUCAGUCAGUCACCAUGGUGGGAACGAGCUUGGUCAUUUUUGGAGGACAAGAUGCAAAAAGAACUCUACUAAAUGAUCUGCAUAUUCUCGACUUAGAAUCAAUGACCUGGGAUGAAAUUGAUGCUGUGGGUGUUCCUCCUUCUCCAAGGUCUGACCAUGCUGCUGCAGUCCAUGCUGAACGCUAUCUGCUUAUCUUUGGUGGAGGUUCCCAUGCAACUUGCUUCAAUGAUCUGCAUGUCCUUGAUUUGCAAUCAAUGGAAUGGUCAAGACCCACACAACAAGGUGACAUACCAACUCCAAGGGCUGGACAUGCAGGUGUAACAGUUGGGGAGAACUGGUUCAUUGUUGGAGGUGGUGACAAUAAAAGUGGUGUCUCUGAAACUGUUGUCUUAAACAUGUCUACUCUUGUUUGGUCCGUUGUGACUACUGUUGAAGGGCGGGUUCCUGUUGCAAGUGAGGGCUUGAGUGUGGUCGUUGGGUCGUACAAUGGGGAAGACAUUAUUAUAUCUUUUGGGGGCUAUAAUGGACGUUACAGUAAUGAGAUCAACGUUCUGAAACCAAGUCACAAGUCAACCCUGCAAUCAAAGAUGAUUGAAACUCCUGUUCCAGAUAGUGUUUCAGCAGUGCCAAAUGCUACGAAUGCGACUAGAGAUUUGGAUUCGGAAUUUGAAGCUGGCCAAGAUGGAAAGAUUAGGGAAAUUGUUAUGGACUCUCCCAUGAAAUCUAAAGGUGAGAAGAGCAGUGAGCAUGUUUUAGCAUCCCUCAGAGCUGAAAAAGAAGAAAUAGAAUCUUCACUGAGCAAGGAAAAACUGCAGUCAUUACAAUUAAAACAGGACUUGGCGGAUGCGGAAACUCGUAACACUGACCUUUACAAGGAGCUUCAAUCUGUUCGUGGUCAGCUAGCAGCAGAACAGUCAAGAUGUUUCAAACUAGAGGUCGAGCUUGCUGAACUACGGCAGAAACUCCAAACAAUGGAGGCUCUACAAAAGGAACUCGAACUUCUCCAACGACAAAAGGCUGCAUCUGAAGAAGCAGCUUCAAAUGCCAAACAGAAGCAGAGUUCUGGCGGUGUUUGGGGUUGGCUAGCCGGAAGCCCUCCUCCCCAGUAAGCCAUCGAUGCCAGAUUGUAUUGGCCAGGCCUAAGGGAAUAGGGUUGCUAGAUGUGAUUCUUAUUGAUCCAUUUUUUGCCCAAAUAUUUUUUUGUUUUACUUUAACAAAGCUCUCUUUUUCUGUGAUAGAAUAAGAUAUCAGAUUCUUAUUGGUGGAGACGGCAAUCUUUUGGGAUUUUUGCAUGAAUACAUGUCUGUACUUUCAAAUACCUAGUUUUAUUUGUUAGUGAGAUGAUUUUAAUUCCCCUGUUUUUUUUAGUCACCAAAUUAUUUGAAUUUGUAUUCGAAGUGAAUAUAUAUUGAGUCAAGUAAAGAUAAGAUCUCAAAGUUUGUAAAUUUGUCCAUUGUUACAUUAUGGAAUAUAUGUUAUGUUUUUCUUUGCCA